UUUUUUUUUUUUUUGAACAGCUAUAACCUUGCAUAGAGUAUUGUCACUAAUCCAGAAAUCAAGAGAUCAUGGCAGAGAGUGCAGUUAGUUUUCUUCUGCAAAGGCUUGUGCCUGUAUUUGAGAAUAAGAUGAAUUUGCUCGCUGGCGUUGAAGACGAAGUGGUGUAUCUGAAAGGACAGUUGGAACUCAUAGGAGCCUUCUUAAAGGUUGCAGAUGCAUUAGAAGAGAGUGAUGAGGAACUCAAAGUUUGGGUUAAGCAAGUCAGAGAUGUUGCUCAUGAGACUGAAGAUAUUCUUGAUGAAUUGGAACUUCUUGUCCAGGCGCGUAAUCAUACAAACAGAUUUUCUGUUUCUUUUCGCAUCAGGAAUAUGAAAGCUCGUUAUCGGAUUGCUCAUGAGUUGAAAAGCAUCAACUCUCGCAUGACAACUAUUUUUUCAAUUCAUAAGAGAUUCCUCAAAAAACUUGACACUUCUUCAGAGGCUUCGAAUUCCAAUUAUACAGGUAAAACAAGGCAUGAUCAACGAGGAGAUGCUCUUCUCCUGGACAACACUGAUCUAGUAGGCAUAGACAGACAUAAAAAUUGGCUGAUUGGGUGGUUGAUUAAAGGUUGUCCUGGACGCAAAGUAAUUUCUGUUACCGGAAUGGGAGGGAUGGGAAAAACUACUUUAGUGAAGAAAGUAUAUGAUGAUCCAGAGGUGAUAAAACACUUCAAAGCUUGUGCUUGGGUUACUGUUUCGCAAUCUUGUGGCAUUGAGGAGCUACUCAGAGACUUGGCCGAAAAACUUUUUUCUGAAAUAAGACGAAAAGUUCCAGAAGGCUUGGAAAACAUGCACAGUGACAAGUUGAAGAUGAUUAUUAAAGAGCUCUUGCAGAGAAGGAGGUACCUAGUUGUAUUUGAUGAUGUGUGGCAUAUACAUGAAUGGGAAGCUGUCAAAUAUGCACUUCCAAAAAACAAUUGUGGUAGCAGGAUCAUGAUCACGACACGCAAAUCGGACAUAGCCUCUAUUUCCAGCAUAGAAUCCAAAGGUAAGGUGUAUAACCUACAACCCUUGAAAGAAGAUGAAGCAUGGGAUCUAUUUUGUAGAAAGACUUUCCAAGGUCACUCAUGUCCUUCAUACUUAAUUGACAUUUGUAGUUAUAUCUUAAGAAAAUGUGAGGGCCUACCCCUUGCAAUUGUAGCAAUGAGUGGUGUCCUUGCUACAAAAGACAAGCACAGGAUAGACGAAUGGGACAUGAUUUGCCGUAGUCUUGGAGCUGAAAUUCAAGUCAAUGGGAAACUUGAUAAUCUGAAAACAGUACUUAGCCUCAGUUUUAAUGAUUUGCCUUACUAUUUAAAGUACUGUUUCUUGUAUUUAAGCAUGUUUCCUGAGGACUAUCUGAUUCAGCGCAUGAGAUUGAUUCGGUUAUGGAUAGCAGAAGGAUUUAUCGAAGCCAAAAGCGGAAAAACAAUGGAAGAUGUUGCAGAGGAUUACCUCAAAGAACUUAUAAACAGAAACUUACUACAAGUAGCAGAGACAACAUCUGAUGGAAGAGUCAAAACUUUGAGAAUCCAUGAUCUUCUGCGAGAGAUUAUCAUUUCGAAGUCUAAGGAUCAAAACUUUGCAACAAUUGUCAAGGAACAAAAUGUGGUGUUGCCUGAAAAGAUUCGGCGACUUGCGCAACACGGCCCGACACUACCAAAUCCAAAUGGACAGCAACAUAGAUCUGUUUCUCAACUUCGUUCACUCUUAAUGUUUGGAAUGACUGAAAGUUUAUCUCUCGGAAAACUGUUUCCGGGUGGAUUCAAACUCCUCAGUGUUUUAGAUUAUCAAGAUGCACCUUUGAGAAAGUUUCCAAAAGCAGUUGUUGACCUAUAUCAUUUAACAUAUCUGAGCUUGAAAAACACACAGGUGAAAGUGCUUCCAAAAUGUGUACUAGGAAAGUUGCAAAAUCUAGAAACACUUGAUCUUAAGAAUACUCGUGUUACAGAAUUGCCUGCAGAUAUAGUCAAGGUUAAAAAGCUUCGCAAUCUGCUUGUAUAUCAGUCUAAAGUAGAAGGUUAUGCACAAUUCCACUCGAAAUAUGGUUUUAAGGCACCUCUUGAAAUAGGUAAAUUACAGUCACUGCAAAAGCUUUGUUUUGUAGAGGCAAACCAAGGUUGUGGCAUGAUAAUAAGACAAUUACAGAAGUUAAGCCAGCUAAGAAGAUUAGGCAUCAUGAGACUCAGAGAGGAAGAUGGGAAGGAAUUUUGUUGGUGCAUCGAAAAAUUGACUAGUCUGUGUGCCUUAUCUGUUACUUCUGAGGGUGAGGAUAAAUUUAUUGAUUUGACAUCCCUUUGUAAACCCCCUCCAUUUCUUCAAAGAUUGUAUUUAUCAGGGAGACUACAAGAGUUACCAAGUUGGAUACCUUCUCUUCAUAAUCUGGCCAGGUUAUUUCUGAAAUGGAGCUGUUUGAAACAUGAUCCAUUGGUAUAUCUGCAGGAUUUGCCAAACCUUGCACAUCUUGAACUACUUCAAGUUUAUGAUGGUGGUGAAAACAUGUUGUUGCAUUUCAAGUGUGGGAAGUUCACUAAGCUCAAGGUUUUAGGCCUUGACAAAUUUGAAGGACUCAGUCAGGUGAUAGUGGGAAAAGGUGCAAUGCCUUGGCUUGAAACACUGAGCAUUGGGCGUUGUGAGUCAUUGAAGAAGGUGCCAUCAGGAAUUGAAAACCUGGCUAAACUUCAAGUUCUAGAGUUUUUCGAUAUGCCAGAUGAACUCAUGCUGACAAUAUGCCAACAUGGUCCAGGAGAAGAUUACUGGAAAGUAUCACAUAUACCAGAGGUUUAUUCUACCUACUGGAGAGAUGGUGGCUGGGAUGUAUAUGCACUAGACAGUCGCAGAGAUUGUUCUCCCCGAUCUGGCACACUCAGGCGAAGCCAUGAAAGCCGGAAUCAGUGGAAGGUGUAGCUUUAAAUUAUAGACUUAUAAGAAAAAUGUGUAUAACAAGUUAUGUAUAUUGUAUAUUAACAAACUGAGAUGACAUAUUUCAUGUAUAUAUGUCAGCACUACAGAUAAAGGUGUAGGUUUUAAUUCACCUUUGUUUAUAUUUGACCAUCAAUAUAUAUUAUUCUUCCAGUA